UUGGUGGAAGAAGCUGGGGCGUGGUCUGAAGAAUUUCCGCUCGACACUGUAGGAAAUCCAGCGCGUAUAACAUGUAAAGGAAAGGAUAGAGAUUUUGAGCUUACCGUGGACAUUAAACUUUGUUCAUCUGGUCUGACAAAAAUCGUCACUUUCAAUCCCUUCUAUCUUGUUUCCAAUCUUGGUAAAUGGGAUAUGCAAGUCAGAGAAGAAGGACAGUCAGCAUGGCUGGAUGUACCUGCAGAGAAGUGCGUCGGAGUAUGGCCAACACAAAAGUCAAAGCGGAAAUUCCUCUGUGCUAGAUAUACCGGGCAGCAGCAGGAGUCUCUCCUGUUCCCGAUUACAGAGAACUUUGACACCCUUUGUCAGAUUGACAACGAUAACAUUGGUGUUGAAGUUUGCGUAUCCACAUCGGAAUCGUCGGUAGCUAUCCACUUGACACCGUUCCAACCUGGUAUGGCUCCUGUCUGCAUUAUGAAUCACCUCAACGUUCCUGUGAAUUUCGGUCAGAAAGGACAUAAGAUGGAUUCGCUUGCCAGUAAUGAAAUGAUUUUCUUCACUUGGGACAAUGUCACUGAGGAGAGGAUAUUG